CCAUAUUUCCCUCCUCUAAACCCCGGGUGAUAGUGCUGUGUGAACGCCAGCCCUUCCUCGCCACUUAUUCCAAGAAAAAAUGUAUAUCUAAAAAAAUAAAUAAAAUAAAAAACUUUUAACCUUAAAAACAUAUAUUUGUUUUAACCAACUCGUUGAAGCAGGAGUUGAUAUUCGAACUGAAGUGGAACGACCAGAAUGUUGCGCUGCGUUUCUCUGGUUACUGUUACCAUCCGCAACGGGAAAAGCCAGCAAGGACAUGUUGAUUUCAAGCUCUAUUUGGCGAAUUAUAUAGACAUUUUAAGCAACAUAUACGUAACGAACUGGUCGUAUUUUAAACGUUUCAAAUAUUUAUCUUCUAAAUGUAAACUUCAUUAGAACUUGUCCAGCUUGUUAAACUUUGCCAGCCAGCUGGUUUAGAUUCAACCCUCGAGUUAGCGUAACCAGACCCUUUUUUAAAUUACGAACAAUUUCGUCUGAAAGGUAACGUUUUUUUUUGUGUGUGUCGGAUUUCGUUCCGAAAAUGAACCCCGGUGCUCCUACUUACCCCAUGGCAUCCCUGUAUGUCGGUGAUCUUCAUCAAGAUGUGACCGAAGCUUUGCUAUAUGAAAAAUUCAGUCCCGCCGGGGCCAUCCUUUCCAUCCGGGUCUGCAGGGAUAUGAUCACCCGUCGUUCCCUCGGGUACGCCUAUGUCAACUUCCAACAGCCAGCUGAUGCUGAGAGGGCUCUAGACACCAUGAACUUUGACGUGAUCAAGGGUCGUCCUGUCCGCAUCAUGUGGUCUCAGCGUGAUCCAUCCCUGAGGAAGAGCGGGGUGGGCAACAUCUUCAUCAAGAACCUAGACAAAUCUAUUGACAACAAGGCCCUCUAUGACACAUUUUCUGCCUUCGGCAACAUCCUGUCCUGCAAGGUGGUUUGUGAUGAGAAUGGCUCAAAGGGCUAUGGCUUUGUGCAUUUUGAGACCCAGGAGGCUGCUGAAAGAGCCAUUGAGAAAAUGAACGGCAUGCUGCUCAAUGACAGGAAAGUGUUUGUGGGACGAUUCAAAUCUCGCAAAGAACGUGAGGCUGAGCUUGGUGCCCGGGCCAAAGAGUUCACCAAUGUUUACAUCAAGAACUUUGGUGAAGAUAUGGAUGAUGAGAAACUGAGGGAGGUCUUCAGCAAGUAUGCAGAGUAUGGCAGUGCCAUGAGUAUCCGCGUCAUGACUGAUGACAGUGGCAAAUCCAGAGGCUUUGGCUUUGUGAGCUUCGAGAGGCACGAGGACGCCCAAAAGGCUGUUGAUGAGAUGAAUGGGAAGGAGCUGAAUGGAAAGCUCAUCUACGUGGGCCGCGCCCAGAAGAAGGUGGAGCGUCAGACGGAGCUGAAACGCAAGUUUGAACAGAUGAAACAGGAUCGCAUGACGCGCUACCAGGGUGUCAAUCUCUACGUGAAGAAUCUUGACGAUGGAAUUGAUGACGAGCGCCUGCGUAAAGAAUUCUCCCCAUUCGGCACCAUCACCAGUGCCAAGGUGAUGAUGGAGGGUGGUCGCAGCAAGGGCUUCGGCUUUGUGUGCUUCUCCUCCCCGGAGGAGGCCACCAAGGCCGUGACAGAGAUGAACGGGCGCAUCGUGGCCACUAAGCCUCUGUACGUGGCGCUGGCCCAGAGGAAAGAGGAGCGCCAGGCUCACCUCACCAACCAGUACAUGCAGAGGAUGGCCACCGUCCGGCCCAUACCCAACCCAGUCCUCAACCCCUACCAGCCUGCCCCUCCUUCUGGGUACUUCAUGGCUGCCAUCCCACAGGCUCAUAACAGAGCUGCUUACUACCCUGCCAACCAGAAAGCCCAGCUGAGACCCAGCCCUCGCUGGGCCACCCAGGGUGUGAGACCUCAACACUUCCAGAACAUGCCAGGCUCCAUACGUCCUUCCACACCCAGACAGCCCAGCUUCAGCCCUAUGAGGCCAACCAACCAGGUGCCUCGCAUGAUGUCUACGCGAAGCGUGGGCCCCCAGACCAUGGGGCCCCGCGCCCCUUCGGCCACAGUGAGUGGAGCCCCGGUGCGUGGCGUGCCUCAGUAUAAGUACGCCACAGGAGUCCGCAACCCACAGAACCACAUUAACUCACAGCCCCAAGUCACUAUGCAGCAGACUGCUGUCCAUGUGCAGGGCCAGGACCCUCUGACUGCCUCCAUGCUGGCCGCUGCACCACCCCAGGAACAGAAGCAGAUGUUGGGUGAGCGCUUGUUCCCGUGCAUCCAGAACAUGCACCCCAGUCUGGCUGGGAAGAUCACUGGCAUGCUGCUGGAGAUAGACAACUCUGAACUACUUCACAUGCUGGAGUCUCCCGAGUCUCUCCGCUCUAAGGUGGAUGAGGCUGUGGCUGUGCUGCAGGCCCACCAGGCCAAGGAAUUAGUCCAGAAGACUGUCCCCAACUCUGCUGGUGGUCCGAGUGUCUGAGCCCAGGGAUGGGGAACCUUGGAACUUCAUCUUUUAAAAAAUGAUCAUUCUGAUGAAACUUUGGAAAAAGUUAACACCAAAACAAUGCAAAAAGAAAACCUGUUCUAAAAAGGCAAGUCUUCUUUCAGCCAGGCCUAGAGAAGAGCACACUGGCUUUGGAAAAAGUUUCAAAAUAAACAUUUAAAGUGUUUUAGAAGAGAAUUCCAUAUGAUGGAAUGAGGGCUUCCAGAAAGCGUUCCCUUCUGGUGUUUUAUUCCUUUUAGAUGUAUCAAUGUUUGGGGUGUACGUGGCCAGGAUGUUGAAUCACCCAGCCUUGUGAAAUGUACCUUUUACCUUUGUUUGCUUGAAUUAAACUUCUUAAACGAUU